UUUCCUCCACAAUGGUCUUGGUGAGGCUUUUAGUGCUGUCUCUAUUUCACAUGUCUCUGGGUGGGUCGCAGCCCACCCAGAGUUCACAACAGGCGUCCAGCCCUCUUCACCCCGCAGGACAGCAAUCUCCUUUGGGUACUAGUAAUCUGUCCUUCCCUUGGAGCCGUCUUCGCCUGCCAAGGUACAUCAUUCCUCUUCACUACCACCUCCUCCUGCACCCCAACCUCACAACUCUCAGUUUCACUGGCUCAGUGCAGAUCCAGAUUGAUGUCCAGAACAACACAAACUGGGUUGUAUUGCACAGCAAGGGUCUGCAGAUCUCCAAGGCCGCCAUAGUGGACCAGAACUUCGCUCACUUGUCUGAUCAGGUUCUUCCAGUUCUUCAUAACCCUUCCCAUGAGCAGAUUGGCAUUUUCUCUCCCAGGGUGCUCAGCAGCGGGCAAAAGUACUUUCUGUAUCUUGAGUUUGGGGCAGAAUUGUCAGAAGGCUUCUAUGGCUUCUAUAAGAGCACCUACAGAACCAGCACAGGAGAGACCAGAACAUUAGCUUCAACUCACUUUGAGCCCACGAGUGCUCGGAUGGCAUUCCCUUGUUUCGAUGAGCCGAGCUUCAAAGCUAACUUCUCCGUUCGGAUCAGGAGGAGUCCAGAGUACAUUUCUCUGUCCAACAUGCCUGUAGUCGAGACGUUUGAAGUAAACGCUGGCGUGCUUGAGGACCAGUUUGAUGCGAGUGUAAAGAUGAGCACUUACCUCGUAGCUUUUGUCAUCUGUGACUUCAAAUAUGUCACUGCAACGACAUCUUCUGGGGUGCAGGUGUCCAUCUAUGCCUCCCCUGAGAAGUGGCCACAAACCCGCUACGCCCUGGAGGUUGCUGUCAAAAUGCUAGACUUCUACGAGGAAUAUUUCAACAUCCACUAUCCUCUACCCAAACAAGAUCUGAUAGCCAUCCCAGACUUCCAGUCUGGUGCGAUGGAGAACUGGGGUCUGACCACCUACAGGGAGACCAGCCUGCUCUUUGAUCCCCUCACGUCCUCCAUUUCGGAUAAACUCUGGGUCACCAUGGUGAUCGGACAUGAGCUCGCCCAUCAGUGGUUUGGUAACUUGGUGACCAUGGAGUGGUGGAACGAUAUCUGGCUGAAUGAAGGAUUUGCCAGAUACAUGGAGUACAUCUCAGUGGAGGCCACCUACCCUGACCUCAAAGUGGAGGAAUAUCUUCUGCACACCUGUUUUUCAGCAGUUGGUCAUGAUUCGUUGAACUCUUCUCGGCCAAUAUCCAGCCCAGCAGAGAACCCGACUCAGAUCAAGCAGAUGUUUGACACAGUCUCCUAUGAUAAAGGAGCAUGUGUCCUCCACAUGCUGCGACACUUUCUGACAGACGAUGUGUUCCAGCGGGGGAUAGUACGAUACCUCCGCAAAUACAGCUACAGAAAUGCACACAACCAGGAUCUGUGGGACAGCCUCGCCAAUACAUGCUCCGAGGAGGACUUCAUGUCAGGAAAACACUGUUACAGCAGCAGCCAGGCCUCCAAGAAUGCAUACCUUUUUGCAGGAGAGCACAUGGACCUGACAGCCAUGAUGAACACUUGGACUCUGCAGAAAGGUAUUCCUCUGGUAACUGUAACUAGGAAAGGGCCCCAUCUGCUGCUGAGACAGGACCGGUUCCUGAGGACAGUGCUGCCUUCUGACCGUCUCUGGUCAACUUUGCAACAGGGUUUCCUUUGGCACAUCCCCCUGACAUACAAGACAGAUGCUUCCAGCACCAUCCACAGACACCUGAUGACAACACCCACAGACAGUAUUCAUAUAGGAGAGGAGGUCAGCUGGGUGAAAGUAAACACUGACAUGACAGGCUAUUAUGUGGUUCAUUAUGAGGAUGGUGGUUGGGACGAGAUGACAAAACUACUGAGGGAAAACCACACUGCUCUCAGCUACAAAGACAGGACUCACUUGAUACACAACGCCUUUCAAUUGGUCACGUCAGGUCAACUGUCGCUCGAUAAAGGCUUAGACCUGAUUGGUUACCUGCAAUUGGAGACGCACACUGUGCCUCUCCUUGAAGGAAUAGGCUAUCUGGAGGCCUUUUACCGGAUGACCGAGAAAAGGAAUGAGUUUGAUGUAAUAAGCAACCUGGGGAUGUACAUCCUGCGAUUUUUCCGUGCGGUCAUUGACCGGCAGACGUGGAGCGACAGGGGCUCUGUGUCCGAGCGACGGCUGAGAUCAGAGGUCCUGUCACUGGCUUGCCACCUGAAGGACCCUCCCUGUCUGGAGCGGGCACGUGAGAGCUUCAAAGACUGGCUUCAGUCCAACGGUACACUCAACUUGCCAACUGACGUGGCAGACACGGUGUUUUCAGUUGGAGCUCAGGAUGACCACGGCUGGGUUUCACUCUUACACACAUACAACAUGUCUCUCUCUGAGGCACAAAAAAGCAAAAUCCUGUUUGCCUUGACCUGCAGCAGAGACACAAACAAACUGCACAGUCUGCUGGAGUUGGGUCUUGAGGGGAAGGUGAUUCGAUCCCAGGACCUGUCCUCUGUCAUCCUGAUGGUGGCCAGGAACCCACAGGGAUAUCGCCUCACCUGGAACUUUGUCAAAAAGAACUGGGACACGCUGGUUCAAAAGUUCCAGCUGGGCUCGUUUUGUAUUAGAAACAUCCUCAUAGGCACCACAGGCCAGUUUUCAUCUCCAGAGGAGCUCACUGAAGUGCAGCAUUUCUUUGAGUCCAUCAAAGAGCAGGCGUCUCAGCUGAGAGCUGCUCAGUUGGCCCUGGACAACGUGCAGAAAAAUGUUCGCUGGUUUCAGAGGAACCUCGAGACUCUGAGAAACUGGUUGAACAAACAAUUGCAGUGAAAGACAGCAGAAAGACAGGUGGCGGUUAACAGACGCCACAGCUGGGAUAUUUCAAAGUUUCUUUGAAUUUUGUACGUGUUUUUAUUGGCUUAUUGUAAUAUGUUUGAUAUCACCGAAGAGCUGACAGUUUUGUAUAUAAUUACUGUUUUGUAAAUUAGCAGGGGAUUUGUUUGUUAGACCCAGACUGAGAGAGAGAUUACAUGCUCGGUAGUCUUUACCAGAUAGACAAUAAAAGUGUUGUACCUCCUGCCACCUUUGUGUGUGUUGCUGAAACAUAUCAUUGUGCUGAAUACAACCAGUGUGUGUUUGUUUGUGUA